AUGGUUGAGCAGUUUGCUUCAAUGGCUUCUACUGACUCAAAGGCUGUCCUGUUUCUUCACCAAACCUUAACGUCUGAGACUGUUUCUGUAAGUGUCAUCUGUGAUAUCAUUUCAAUCUGUUGUCAUCUUGUUAGAAGUUCAACCAACCAUGUCUCAUUUAUUCAAUCAGUUCUGGCAGGACCUACUGGUGACUAUCAAGUGCUUCAUCCAAUGCUCACUCAUCCAGACGCUGGUAUCAAAUCCCGUACUUGCAAUUUAUUGGGAAACCUCUUAAAACAUUCAGACUUUUUGUGCAAUGCGUUUCAAGAAAGAGAACAGCUCUUCACGGACCUUCUUGGUUGUUUAAAAGACAAAGAGGCAAAUGUAAGAAAGAGUGCGUCCUAUGCUGUGGGAAAUGCUGCCUUUCACAGUGAUAUUCUCUACCGUCAGCUCAUCCCUGCCAUCCCCAUCAUGACACAGCUCCUGAAGGAUCCCAUCAACAAGACAAGAGCCCAUGCCGCCAGUGCUUGUGGUAAUAUGGGUUUGCAUUCAAAUUUGCUGUGUGAAGAACUCAUUCAUCAUAAAACCAUUCUGAAUUUAUUGGAUCUUGCCUGCCAAGAUGCAAACAUUUCAAUCCAAAUCUGUGCUUUGGUGGCUCUCAGGACUUUGAUUCGAAAUGAAGAAAUCAGAAAUGUAAGUUCACUGAUUUUUUUUUUUUUCUCUCAUUUUUCUUGGCCUUCUGCCAUAAUUUUUAUUCUUCUUACCUUUUUUAUUUUUUUCUCAUUUGCCUUUAUUUUUCCUUUUGUUUUCCUUUGUUCUUUCCUUUUCUUUUUUGCCUUGGUUUUUCCACUAUUUAUCCUUUCCUUUUUUUCUUUUUUGCCUUUUUCUCACCAUUUCUUCUUUUUUCUUUCAUUUUUCUUUUUUACCUUUUUUCCUAUCAUUUUUUCUUUCUUCUUUCCUUUUUCUUUUUCCCCACCAUUUCUCUUUUUCUUCUUUCCUUUUUUCUUUUCCGCCUUUUUUCCUCACCAUUUUUCCUUUUUUUUCCUUCCUUUUUUCUUUUUAGUUCUUUUUCGCCUUUUUUUCCUCACCAUUUUUCCUUUUUUUCCUUCCUUUUUUCUUUUCGGCCUUUUUUUUCUCACCAUUUUUCUUUUUUCUAUUCAUUUUUACCUUUUUCCUACUGUUUAUUCCUUUUCUGCUUUCCUUUUUCUUUUCUUUUUUCCCAACAUUUUUCCUUUCCUUUUGCUUUUCUUUUUGACCUCCUUUUUUUUUCUCACCAUUUUUCUUUUUCCUCUGACUUUAUUUCUUUUCUUUUCUGUUUUCCCUUCCUUUUUCUGUAUUUUUCAUUUUCUUCUUUCCUUUCCCAUUUUUUUUUUUUUUUGCUAUCUUUUUCCUUCCUUCCUCCCAUUAAAUGAUAAUUCACUUUAA